AUGGAAAAACUGGAAGCUCUUAAAAUAUCCUCAAUGCGGCCACGCAGUAAUAUUCUAGAUCGGCCGCUCUCCAAGGGAAAAACAGAGGUCUCCCUAAGCAUUGUGGCUCUGCUCUUCAGCGAGAUUGUCCAGUACUCCCAGAGUCGUGUCUUCACAGUGCCCGAACUACAGACCAGGCUCCACGACCUCGGCCAGGAUGUGGGGACCCGCAUUAUCGACUUGUACUUUGUGCGCGAGCGUAGCUCCAAGAGAGAGACUAAGCUGACACAAAUGCUGCUCUUCGUCAAGACGACAGUGUGGAAGAAUCUGUUUGGCAAGGAGGCGGAGAAGCUGGAACAUGCCAACGAUGAUGAGCGCACCUAUUACAUUAUAGAGAAGGAGCCGCUGGUGAACACAUUCAUAAGUGUGCCCAAAGACAAGAGCUCCUUAAACUGUGCCAACUUUACGGCUGGAAUUGUGGAGGCUGUGCUUACACACUGCGGAUUUCCCUGCAAGGUCACCGCCCACUGGCACAAGGGCACCACCUACAUGGUCAAGUUCGAGGACUUUGUCAUAGCACGCGACAAGCAAAUGGAGGAGAAAUAGUCGUAGCACCCAACAUACUUUAAAUAUACACAAUUAAAUUUAGUUAACAAUA